AGAAAGGGCUGAGCAUAUAGGCAGGCGAAGACGCGAGAGCCAUUAGUUUUGUUGGUGUGCGCACGCACUGUGUUGGCAGUGGCUCUCCAGCUAUUAUCACUGCUUUUUCGUACUGUGCCUAUUAUGACAAAGACGUAUGUGCGUCGGACCUCUGAUAUUAAAACUGGAGUGAUGAGAAUUCUGUCGUAGAGGGGUAGUGCUAUGGAGAACACUUAAACAUCCAUCUGGCAUGAUCCACGCACUUUGGGAAGGUGCGCAUAGUCUAUGUGCUUACUCCAAUUGUAUUCUCAGCAAAAGGCAUUUUAUACCUAAAAGUCGUAAUGGAUUUAAAUAAUUUGGGAAACGCGGUGCUUUUCACGUUCCACAUCAUCUUCUACAUAUUAAAAGCAUGCUUGGGGUUGUUGCUCCCGAGCAGACGGAAAGACCUACGCGGAGAGGUGGUAUUGAUCACCGGCGGUGGACGGGGCAUCGGUCGGCAUUUGGGGAAGGAGUUUGCAAAACACGGGGCCAAAAAGGUAAACUAAUCACUGCGCUAUUUAUUACCCAUUUGUGCGUUUAUAUACUUGUUAAAUGCACAAAUAAUAAUAAUAAUAAUAAUAAAUAAUAAUAAUAAUAAUAACAAAAAGCAAUGCAUUGCCAAACAGUCAUAACCAACACUGUAGCCAGCUCACAUCACUUUGUACAGCACCUUUGCUAUCCUGGUGUUCAUAAAUAUAAUAAUAUUCCAUUAACAAUUUAACUCAUCUGAAAGUUGGGGAAAAGGGACAGUUUGGAAAUGUUUUAUGAUUUCUAUUUUAUUCUAUUCUAGCAUAACUUCAGAAUCGAGUAUAUUUUUGUAUUACUUCAGUUCAAUUAAAAACUUGAUAGUCACCUUCGGUGUGUUUUCCAUGUGAAAAGUAAUGGGAAAGCACCAGUACUUACUACACUAGUGGAAAGGAGCCUGAACUCUUGCCCCCUAGCUGAUCUGGGUGAUGUAUGAUGCGUAGUGUUCCCUUUCCUCAUAUUGUAAAGACACACAAACACAGGUGUUUCCUCAGUCCCUGUGCUAUACAAUGGGGGUGAUGACAGUUAGGGUGGAUGGCUCCGUGGUACUACAAUGAUGUUGCCUUUUUAACCUCAACUCUAGCCCGUCUGGGUCCCCAGUGACUGUUCAAUAAAGUUCACUGACAGGGUAGUGGAAAGCACAGUUCAGAGUAAGGUGAAAAUAUUCCUUUUAUCACCAAAGCAUUUGUCAUUGUUGUAAAAUGAUCUGAUGGUUGUGUGUGCGUGCAUGUCUUGUAUGUGUGUCUGUGUAGUGGUCUGGCCAGUAGCCAGCCAUCCAGGGUUAUCAGUGCACAGGGGCACCUCUGGAGACGGAUAUUAGAUCUUAAAGCUCCUUCAAUCAGAUCUGCUUUAGCUGACAUCCGCAUAGCGGGGGUGGAACUGCGUUAGAGCUGUCAAAUCCACAAGUGGCUCCUGGCGGACUUUGCCAUUGGCUGCACGGAGUCGCAUUAAGAGAAAUCCCAUGCAGCCUUGUUUACAAGUUCGAACACUAGAAUGUGAGAUGUAAUCUACACCUCAAUUAGGCUGAUAGAAAUCCUCAUUAUUUUGUUUAAUGAUUUUCAAUUUGAGUGUCAUUAUUUCUAUAUAGCCUACAUUUUCUCAUUCUGAACUUCUAACGUAAGAGGGACACAUGGCUUCAUGACAAUGACCAAGAGCAGCUACUCACCGAUUUGAUGGCACCAACCCAGUUACAACUCCAACACAUCAGCUAUGGCAUGUCGGCUAUCGCCGGUUAACGCUUGAUCUGAUUAAAUAGAGCGCUUAGGGCUCUAUUCAAUCUGUAAAGCUGAAGCGUUAGACUUCUUUGAGGUGACAUGCAGCGUUUACCACGAAUGCAGUCUCUGCUAAAGUGGGAACGUUGCCUUUAAAUUUCAAACACUCUGUAAAGUUCAGAGCCCUAAGUCUCUGGAUUUCCCUCCCAAACUGCAAAUCAAAGAACUUGUGUCUGUGGCUGCUCAAUCUCUAGCCAAUGCCUCCUCAAUUAGCAAUUUAUCAUAUAGAGCUCUGCAAAGCACAGCAAGCUCAAACAGAUGGGAAAGAUGUUAACGUAAUAGAAUAUAGCUUGAACCUACUGUAAGCUACCUGAGCACUGGUUCAAGAAAUGCAUGCAACAUUUUACCAAUACAAUUUGAAACAUAAAAUGAUGACACACAUUUUGGUUUGACAAAAUGAUUUUUAUGAUAAUAAUCUACAACCGUUGAUCUGAAUACUUAACCAUUAUAUUAACCUCUUGCCACCCAGAAAGCCUAUAUUUAUUUGUGAUUCCUACAAGCUAACACAAGUCCAAAUAUGCAUUCUCAGGUCAAUGGCCUGCCCUUUUUUAAUCUUUGACCCCUCUCUGCCUGUUGUCAGUUGAUCCUGUGGGGCCGCACUGAGAGGUGUCUGAUGGAGACCUGUGAGGAGAUCUCGCUCACCACCGGAGCCGAGUGCCAUUACUUCCUGUGUGACGUGGCCAAUCGGGAGGAUGUGUAUAAGCAGGCCAAGGUGGUCCGAGAGAAGGUACAGUAGAGAUGGCUCCACCCAAAUGAAUGACCUAGUUCCAAUGUCAUUUACAGUAGAUAACAAACACAUGACUGGUUGGACUGUGUAAGGCAAUUUUCAACACUUUCAAAGGUUGCCUUUGGAAUCUUCCAGUGUUUCACAGGGAUACACAGUGUGAUGUAUGAACUUAUCCAGUGGUGUAGUGGUGCCUGGAGAAGUGAGUAUACUAAUUCUGCCCAAAAUUUCCCAAACGGCCUGCCCAGCGAAGACAAGCUGCCCUGUAUGAAAAAUUCAAUGAGAAACAGUGACAUACACUCUGAAUGACCUAAAAUUAUAAAUCCCAUAUUGGUCUUUCACAGUCAGGCCAACCCAAGCGUACUGUGCAAGUAGGCCGAUAAAUGAGGCUGACAACUUGAGUCAGAAAUGUACAGGUUUUUGAUUUUCACUCUCAAAGUUACUGUUUUUAAUAGUAAAACAAUACAAUUGGAUGUUCUUAAACCACAUCAGGAGACUAGUUUUGAGGUCUGGGAAUAAUCUAAAUAAUAUUUUGGGGAGUGUAGUUACCCUUUAACUGUUCCCCGGGCGCCAACGACGUGGAUGUCGAUUUAAGGCAGCCCUCCACACUUUUCUGAUUCCGAGGGGUUGGGUUAAAUGCGGAAGACACAUUUCAGUUGAAUGCAUUGUUGUACAACUGACUAGGUAUCCCCCUUUCCCUUUAAUUCACUAGCACUGUUUGGUUAGUGAUCUUUCAGUAGCACAUUAGUUGGAAUUUGCAAAACAAAUGGCAACUGGAUUGAUGCAAAUCAUGAUAUUAUUCUGCCAGUUAGGUGUAGGCUACUUUGUAGGUAGUUAACAUUUAAUUGAGAAGGUUUUUGGGAAAGACUUUCCGUCUUGCUUGGUCCUAUCAUUAGCAUCUCUAUAUUUUCCCUGUUCCUUAAUUGUUUGAAACCUGGAUGUUUUACUUCAUAUUAUGAGGCAUGUCUUACCUUGCUUUAAAGUAGCCAAAAUCCCACCAUAGAAACGUGAAGGCAAUUAUUUUAUAAAGACUUCAUGUGUUCUCCUGUUCUAUUGGUUCUUUCAACUUUCUUUCAUUGUCUAGCAGCCGAAGGCAUUAUCCUAGUCAUAUUAGCAACCCAUGAUAGUUGUUGCAUCUUUAGAUCUCCUCUUUCUAAAUGUGUAACGGCUAUUUCCAUCUCUGUCCAUUAAAAUGCUUGCGUGUGCAUUUUUGAACUUCCCGCAAAUUGCAUUUUGGAACUACUUUGAUGUACAUCGUGGGGAUUAAGAAGUGAGAAUACGCAAUAAACGUAUAUGGCAUAUACCUGCAUAUACCCUCCACUACACCACUGAGCUUAACUCAAGCCUUAAGAUAAGACAAGGAUUAACAUGACAUAAUUAUCGCUCACUUAACAUCCUUUCAAUUAUACCAACGCAAAACAAAGUGAUCAAAUAAAAUGUUAUUUGUCACAUGCUUCGUAAACAGCCAUUGUAGACUAACAGUGAAAUGCUUACUUUUGGCAUAAAACAAGAGAUUUGGGUUUUACAUCUAAAGAAGAUGUUUAUUUUUGUCUCUUAGGUGGGCGACGUCACCAUUCUGGUGAAUAACGCAGCAGUGGUUCAUGGGAGAAGUCUGCUGGACAGUGACGAUGAUGCUCUGAUGAAGACUCAACACAUCAACACGCUGGGACAGUUCUGGGUGAGUGUUGAAAAAUAUGUACUUUAGAUAAUUAUUCAGGAAAGUGCUCAUUCACUAUGGCUUGUAUUAUAUUUUGAAGCAUUGUAUGAAUUUUUAUUUGUUUCAGUUCCGAGGCUCAGUAUUGGAAAUGUUAGGGUCAUCUUUCAACAUGUAUUGAUCCCACAUGUGAAGGGGAGAAAUUAUAUUUUACUCUAACUACUGAAUCAUUGGAUCUAAGGUAAAACGCUGGCAAAAGAGUGCUGGCUGACACGCUCUUAAUAAAGGGAUCUUACAUUAUGUUGGCGUUUGUCCUCUGAUCUACACUGAUGGGAUGUGGAACAGGUUUGGUUCCCCUUCUCUCGGAGUGCUGCAACCCCUCUGUUAAUGUUGUGAAUUCCAGGAAGUAAAGAGGGAACCUAGUUUGAGAGAAGAGUGAAGGAACAGCUAGGGAAUAGUACUGAGUGGAGCAGAACAAUGUGCAGACUGUCACGUUUCGCUCGCUCUCGCUCUCUCCAAUUCAAUGGCCGUUAUUGGCAUGGGAAACUUAUGUUUACAUUGCCAAAGCCUAGUGAAAUAGACGAUAAACUAAAGGGAAAUAAACAAUCAGAAAUUAACAGUAAACAUUACUCACAAAAGUUAAAAGAAUAUAAACAUUUCAAAUGUUAUAUUAUUGGGUAUGUACAGUGUUGUAACAAUGUGCAAAUAGUUGAAGUAUGAAAGGGAAAAAUAAAUAAACAGAUAAAUAUAGGUUGUAUUUACAAUGGUGUUUGUGUUCCACUGGUUGCCCCCUUUUUUUUUUGUUGUGGCAACGGGUCACACAUCUUGCUGCUUUUGUGGCACUGUGGUAUUUCACCUAAAAUAUAUGGAAGUUUAUCAAAAUUGGAUUUGCUUUCAAAUUAUUUGUGGGUCUGUGUAAUCUGAGGAAAAUAUGUUUCUGCUAUGGUCAUACAUUUGGCAGGGCGUGAGAAAGUGCAGCUCGACUUCCACCUCAUUUUGUGGGCACAUAGGCAGACCUGGCUUUCGAGAAGACCGGCUAUGGUGACUUUUCUCGAUAGCAAGACCAUGCUCACGGAGUCUGUACAUAGUCAAAGCUUUUCUUAAUUUUGGAUCAGUCACAGUGGUCAGGUAUUCUGCUACAGUGUAGGCUCUGUUUAGGGCCAAAUAACAUUCCAGUUUGCUUGUUUUUUUGUUUAUUCUUUCCAAUGUGUCAAGUAAUGUUUUUGUUUUCUCAUGAUUUGGUUGGGUCUAGCUGUGUUGCUGUCCUGGGGCUCUGUGGGGUCUGUUUGUGUUUGAACAGAGUCCCAGGACAAGCUGGCUGAGUGCACUCUUCUCCAGGUUCAUCUCUCUGUAGGUGAGGGCUUUGUUAUGGAAGGUUAGAAUCGCUUCUAUCUAGGUGGUUGUAAAAUUCUAUUGCUGUUUUCUGGAUUUUGAUAAUUAGCGGGAAUCUACCUAAUUCUGCUCUGCAUGCAUUAUUUGGUGUUUUAUGUUGUACACUGAUGUUUUUGCAGAAUUCUUCAUGCAGAGGCUCAAUUUGGGUGUUUGUCCUAUUUUGUGAAUUAUUGGUGAGUUGACCUCAUACAUAGAGGGUAGGUAUAGUUGUAUGCUUUAGGGCAACAGUGUCUAAGUGGAAUCUGUAUUUGUGGUCCUGGCAACUGGACAUUUUUUGGAACACCAUUAUUUUUGUCUUACUGAGAUUAACUGUCAGGACCCAAGACUGAUAGACUCUGUGAAUAAUAUUUAGUUGCUGCUGUAGGCCCUCCUUGGUAGGGGACAGAAGCCCCAGAUCAUCUGAAAACAGUAAACAUUUGACUUCAGUCUAGUAGGGUGAGGCCGGGUGCUUCAGACUGUUCUAGAUCCCUCACCAAUUUGUUGCUAUAAACGUUGAAGAGGGUUGGGUUCAAGCUGCAUCCCUGUCUCACCCCCCGGCCCUGAGGGGAAAAAAUCUGUUUCUGCCUAUUUUAACCGCACACUUGUUUGUGUACAUGGAUUUUGUAAUGUUGUUUCCCCCCCCAAAACUGCUUUCCAUCAUUUAUAUAGCAGACACUCAUGCCAAAUUUAGUCAAGCUUUUUUAAAAUCAACAAAGCAUGAAGACUUUGCUUUUGUUUGGUUUGUUUGUCAAUUAGGGUGUGCAGGGUGAAUCCGUGGUCUGUCGUACAGUAAUUUGGUAAAAAGCCAAUUUUGAUAUUUGCUCGGGACAUUGUUUUCACUGAGGAAAUGUAGGACUGCUGUUAAUAAUCAUGCAGAGGAUCUUCCCAAGGUUGCUGUUGAUGCAUAUCCCACGGUAGUUAUUGGGGUUGAAUUUGUCUCCACUUUUGUGGAUUGGGGUGAUCAGUCCUUGGUUCCAAGUAAUGGGGAAGAUGCCAGAGCUGAGAAUGAUGUUAAAGAGUUUAAGUAUUGUCAAUUGGAAUUUGUGGUCUUUAUAUUUUAUCAUUUCAUUUAGGAUACCAUCAACACCACAUGCCUUUUGGGUUGAAGGGUUUGUAUUUUGUCCUGUAGUUCAUUCAAUGAAUCUUUAAGAGCGGACUAAGAUUUUUUUUAUUGAUCAUGUAUAUGUUUUUGCUGUUUGUUCUUUAUUAAAGGCCAAAAAGAUUGGAGAAGUGGUUUAUCCAUACAUCUCCAUUUUGGAUAGAUAGCACUUCAUGUUUGUAUAGUGUGUUCCAAUUUUCCCAGAAGUGUUUAGAUUCUAUGGAUUCUUCAAUUACAUUGAGCUGAUGUCUGACAUGCUGUUUUUCUUUUUUCUUGGUGUAUUUCUGUAUUGUUUGUUUCACCAUAGUGAAGGUGUAGGCUCAUGUUUUCUCCAGGAAGUUGUCUAAAAGUGAUUUAAUUGGUUGUUGGCUAAUAGUUUUUUGGUAGGUUUCUGCACUGCACUACCCUUCUUCCAUAUAUAGCAUUUCUUAAUAGUGUGCAGUUUGUUUGGCUUUGAUGCCUCAUGAUUUGAGUAUUGCUCUGUUCAAGUAGGUUGUGAUUUUGCUGUGAUCUGAUAGGGGUGUCAGUGGGCUGACUGAACGCUCUGAGAGACUCUGGGUUGAGGUCAGUGAUAAAGUAGUCUACAGUACUGCUGCCAAGAACUGAGCUAUAGGUGGUGCUACCGUAGGAGUCCCCUCAAAGCCUACUAUUGAAUAUGUACAGACCCAGCGUGUGACAUAGCUGCAGGAGUUAUGACGUGGUUUUGUCGUAGUUGUCUAGGGGGGCAUGUUGGGGCGGGAAUGCUGUCACCUCCAGGUAGGUGUUUUUCCCCCGUGUGCUGAGGUGUCAGUUUCUGGCGUUUUGUGUCGCCACAGACUAGUACAUGUUCCUGGGUCUGGAAAUGAUUGAUCUCCCCCUCUAGGAUAGAGAAGCUGUCUUUAUUAAAGUAUGGGGAUUCUAGUGGGGGGAUAUAGGUAGCACACAGGAUAACAUUUUUCAGAGAUUAUUUCCUUAUUUAAAUGUUAGUCUCUCUCUUUCUCUAGACCACCAAAGCUUUCCUACCCCGCAUGCUGGAGCUUUGCCAUGGCCACGUGGUGUGUAUCAACUCCAUCCUGUCCCUGUCCUCCAUCCCGGGGGCCAUAGAUUACUGCACCUCCAAGGCCUCGUCCCUGGCGUUCAUGGAGAGCCUCACCCUGGGCCUGCUGGACUGCCCUGGGGUGGGCUGCACCACCAUGCUCCCCUUCCACACCAACACUGACAUGUUCCAGGGCAUGAGAGUCAGGUGAGUGGGACCACCAUGGGUCUACCAUACGUUGGGUCUACCGUACGUUGGGUCUACUAUACAUGGCACUCUAGUUUUGCUAUGGGUCAACCAGUAUAUAGUCAGUCAGCUCACAUAAAUGACACAUGGGCUCAGAUAGAGGUUCCAUAAGAAAACAAUAGAUGGAAUAACCAUUCCCAUUCGCACAUCAAUGGCUGGAGGAAUAAGUUCAGUAUCUAUUUUGUGAUAAGAAUUCACCAAGACACAGUUCACAAUAUGUCUUGCAUGGCUAAAUACGAGUGAAGGUAAAGUGUUGUGUUCAUCGCCCAGGUUCCCUCAGCUCUUUCCCCCGCUAAAUCCUGAGCUGGUGGCCCAGCGGACGGUGGAUGCAGUCCGGACCAACACCUCGUUCGUCUACUUACCUUGGACCAUGCACGCUCUCGUUAUUCUCAAGAGGUAGGGGGACCCAAUCUCAGUCAUGACACCAAAGUAGUGUACUGGGUUAGAUGGAUGAGGCUGUGACAACAGGUCUUCUGAGAACCGGACACUCUUAGCCGUAGGGAUUAGUUUACGGUGCUAAUUCAGGUCUCAGACAAGGUUAAUGAUCAUGUAAGUUCACUGAACUACUUCUGUUACACUAACAUGCUCCAUUCCCAUCUCCAACAGCUUCCUGCCUCAGGCGGCUCUGGAGGAGAUCCAGCGCUUCACAGGGUGCUACACCUGCAUGGACACCUUCAAGGGACGGACAUAAGAACGGAGAGGCUACGUCACUAAGAACUGCAUAACAGCUUCCUGUCAAAAACGUGGAAGUAUCUCCAAGACAGAGGCCUUAGGAACUAUGGGUACUUGGGGUCACAGUGCCCUGAUGGUGUAAGAAGAGGAUGCUGUGGAAUCAUGGACUAAGCACUAGAUGGACUGGUAUUCAGAACUGAUCAAGCCUUACCACUGUGGUAAACUUCCCAUCUGUUUUACUAAUUUGAAAAUGCAGAGAUUAGGUUGAAUGGAUUGUACUCAUGAUGUUAACAAGCGAGUAACUUCUGGUAGUUGCAUUUAAUUCCAGGUUUCUUGGUGUUUUUGUGUUUAGAAAUAAAUGGUAGUAAAUCUGUUAUAAUAGUCAUAUUUUUUGGGAUUUACCACUUGACAGUAUUGUCACUAUGCUGUUGUGUGUGUGCGUGCAGAUCCAGUCUUCUCUGUGCUUGUUCAUGGUCUGCCAAAGCCUCCAGCCUUCUCAUGGUCAACAUUCCUGUGCUGCAGCCCUGCCAAUUGUGAGGUCAUUGUUCGUUUUGUAAGGGUUGUCAUAACACUCUCAGCUCCUUAGGAAAGUAUACCGGAGAUGUUCCUUCCAUUGGAAGACCCAUAGAAAUGGGUUCAGGGGGACACAGGCAAUGCAAUACAAUCAACAUUCUUAGAUUCAUCAUUCAGCUGACACAAAUGGGAGAACAUUUAUUUGAUCCUAUACUGUGCCUACUGAACACACUUGUUGGUACCCUCUUUCUUCAUCUGUCCCUCUUGGCUCUGUCUUUUAAUCUUCUUUAGUAUUGUUAUCAAUCUGGAACACAGAGACAGCUGGAGAAUCAUACCUGGCCUGGUGGGCUCUAUUGUCCAAUAUCAGUUUUCCCACAUUCUGUUGAGAACUUCUGGUUAUCUAGGGUUACAGUGGUUAUUAUGGUUAGCAUUUACAGUAGGCGUAGAUAUUGAACAUUCAAACUUGUGUACAGUGAUGUAUCUGAAUCUUGUUCAAAUAAUUAUUGAGGGGGAGAAAGUUUUGAUAAAACAAACUCACGUGGACAUAUUUAGUGCACAAAAGCAAGGGAGGCACAACCAUUGCAAUCAUACUACUCUGGUCAAUAAAAUAACAGUGAUUAUUUGUUUUAGACCAGAACAUUUUCAGAAUGGAAGCCUAAAUGUAAUGGUCCAACCAAUGAUGUAUAUAAACCCUGGAUUACAGAUGCUAUGUAAUGGCCAAUGAGAGGCUUUGACGCCACCAGUCGGCCAUAAUGGCACUCCCCAGAAGAAGCAGUCCUCCAUAGGAAUAAAUAGAAUUCUAUAGUAUUUCAAUUAAAUGUAUUUUUGUUGUUGUAGUGGGGUCAGUAACAGAACUUUCUAAUAAUUAUAAUUUAAGGAAAAUGUUUAUAUAUUUUAAAUUGUUUUAGCUCACAUAAUAUAAAAAUAUGCAUUAAGGUGUCUGUAAUAGAAUGAACGUGGCAAAAAUAAAUGUAGACAUUAAUAAAUCAAUUUCUAUAGCUUCCAAAAUACAAUGCUGGGGGAGUGCCAAGAUGGAGGGGUGGUGGCUUGAAAACAGCACCCCCUGUCAGUCAUCUAGUGUAUAAACAGUAUCAGUCCAAAGUUUGGACACACCUACUCAGUGUUUCUUUAAAAAAAAACUAUUUUCUACAUUGUAGAAUAAUAGUGAAGACAUCAAACUAUUAAAUAACACAUAUGGAAUCAUGUAGUAACCAAAAAAGUGUUAAACAAAUCCAAAUAUGUUAUAUUUAAGAUUCUUCAAUGUAGCCACCCUUUGCCUUGAUGACGGCUUUGCAUACUCUUGGCAUUCUCUCAACCAGCUUCACCUGGAAUGCUUUUCCAACAGUCUUGGAGUUCCCACAUAUGCUGAGCACUUGUUGGCUGCUUUUCCUUUACUCUGCGGUCCAACUCAUCCCAAACCAUCUCAAUUGGGUUGAGGUCGGUGAUUCUGGAGGCCAGGUCAUCUGAUGCAGCACUCCAUCACUCUCCUUCUUUGUCAAAUAGCCCUUACACAGCCUGGAGGUGUGUUGAGUCAUUGUCCAGUUGAAAAACAAAUGAUAGUCCCACUAAGCGCAAACCAGAUGGGAUGGCGUAUCGCAGCAGAAUGCUGUGGCAGCCAUGCUGGUUAAGUGUGCCUUGAUUUCCAAAUAAAUCACUGACAGUGUCACCAGCAAAGCACCAUCACACCUCCUCCUCCAUGCUUCACGGUGGGAACCACACAUGCAGAGAUCAUCCGUUCACCUACUCUGCGUCUCACAAAGACACGGCGGUUGGAACCAAAAAUCUCAAAUUUGGACUGGUGUCCCUUAGUAGUGGUUUCUUUGCAGCAAUUCGACCAUGAAGGCCUGAUUCACGCAGUCUCCUCUGAACAGUUGAUGUUGAGAUGUGUCUUUUACUUGAACUCUGUGAAGCAUUUAUUUGGGCUGCAAUUUCUGAGGCUGGUAACUCUAAUGAAUUUAUCCUCUGCAGCACAGGUAACUCUGGGUCUUCCUUUCCUGUGGCGGUCCUCAUGAGAGCCAGUUUCAUCAUAGUGCUUGAUGGUUUUUGCGACUGCACUUGAAGAAACUUUCAAAGUUCUUGAAACUUUCCGGUUUGACUGAACUUUAUGUCUUAAAGUAAUGAUGGACUGUCGUUUCUCUUUGCUUAUUUGAGCUGUUCUUGCCAUAAUAUGGACUUGGUCUUUUACCAAAUAGGGCUACCUUCUGUAUACCCCCCUACCUUGUCCCAACACAACUGAUUGGCUCAAACGCAUUAAGAAGGAAAUAAAUUAUACAAACCUGUUAAUUGAAAUGCAUUCAAGGUGACUACAUUUUACAUUUUAGUCAUUUAGCAGACUCUCUUAUCCAGAGUGACUUACAGUUAGUGAGUGCAUACAUUUUUCAUACUGGCCCCCUGUGGGAAUCAAACCCACAACCCUGGCAUUGCAAACGCCAUGCUCUACCAACUGAGCUACACAGGACCACACUACCUCAUGAAGCUGGUUGAGAGAAUGCCAAGAGUGUGCAAAGCUGUUAUCAAGGCAAAGGGUAGCUACUUUGAAGAAUCUCAAAUAUAAAAUAUAUUUUGAUUUAACACUUUUUUGGUUACUACAUGAUUCCAUAUGUGUUAUAGUUUUGAUGUCUUCACUAUUAUUCUACAAUGUAGAAAAUGAGUAGCCGUGUCCAAACUUUUGACUGGUACUGUAUGUAUAAAUCAUUGGGUCCAAUCUAGGGCUCGAUUCAAUCAGAUCCGCUUUAGCCAACAUCCGCAUAGCGGGGGUGGAACUGCGUUAGAGCUGUCAAAUCCCCAAGUGGCUCCCGGCAUUAUACCUAAAGUAGACUUUGCCAUUAGCUCCACGGAGUCAUAUUAAUACAAUUCCCAUGCAGCCCUGUUUACAAUUUCAAACACGAAUGUGAGAUGUAAUCUACACCUCGAUUAGGAUGAUAAAAAUCCUCAUUUAGUUGAAUGAUUUUUCAAUUUGAGUGUAAUUAUUUCUAUAUAGCCUACACGUUCUCGUUCUGAACUUCCAAUGCGAGUGGGGCGGCUGUGGCUUCAUGGCGAAACUGAUUGCAAGAGCAGCUGCUCACCGAUUUGCCAGCUCCAAAGCACCUCUGACACCGCCAAAACAUCCGCUAUGCGGGUGUCUGCUAUCGCCGGUUAACGCUUGAUCUGAUUGAAUCUAGGCCCUAAACUGUCUCUGUGAGUGUGUGUUGGAGAAGACAGCUCAAAUCUCAAGGGACGAGUUUAGCGCAAGGUUAGCCAAACGGUGGUUGAACAAACAGACGACUCCCCGGGUGCUAAACUCUUCACUCUGAUGCCUGGACAGGCAGGUAGCGGAGGCUCAGUUGGACGAGAGGUCCAUCAAUUACCAGUCUUUCACAUUAACAAAACUCUUGUCUGACUUGUGAAACUAGAGGAGAAGUGGGAUGCUGCAGCAUGCGAGGGAAGGACCAAAACAGUUUACACCAUGGCCCAUGUGGUAGACAGACAAUUUACUCAUACAAAAUACACUGAACAAAAAUAUAAAUGCAAAAUGCAACAAUUUCUAAGAUUUUACUGCUACAGUUCAUAAGGAAAUCAGUCAAUUGAAAUCAAUUCAAAAGGCCCUAAUCGAUGGAUUUCACAUGACUGGGAAUAGAGAUAUGCAUCUGUUGGUCACAGAUAUUUGAGCGAAAUACGCUUUCUGUGUGUAUGGAACAUUUCUGGUAUCUUUUAUUUCAGCUCAUGAAACAUGGGACCAACACUUUACAUGUGUUUAUAUUUUUGUUCAGUGUAGUAAUGCUCCUAGUUAGGCUUUAGAUACAUUGACUAAUGUUCUCUGUGAAGGCAGCUUUUCCUUGCCACUACCUCGUUUUACUCGAUGCAAAUGAAGUGUGUAACCUCUCCAUGACUACCAAUGACCUCGGUAUGCAAAGGCUCCUCCUCACAGUCUUUAUGUGGGUGAGCGAGGCACUGAACUCCUACCACUCAGAACCUCAGGGCAUCUCUCUCUCCGUAAUGUAGGCUCUCUUACAACAUUCAUAAAACGUUCAUCUGAUAUGAAACUGUAAGGAAAACUAAUCUGUGUAAUUAUCCAAGCUUUGUACAUAUUUUUAUAAUCACAUGAAUUCUGCAAUCAAACAGACACUUCAGAUUGACUUCAAUUCAGAGCCUGCGUCCAAUCAUUGAUCAAACACACCAAAACCCUGGCCAUGAAUUUGAUUGAGCUUUUCCUUGCCACUGUCUCCAUGAUCUUAACAGUGAGAUGUAGUCUAGUUGCGCCGUGAUUGUCUCAGUGUUCUGUCACUCACGGGGACACUACGUCACCGCCAAGUCUAAGGGUGGAGCUCGAAAAUCCAAGCCCCUUGGGUGCUGCCAUAGUUACAUUAGAAGUGCCCAUUCAAGAAGGCUCAAGGUCAUUGGCCACAGAUAAAAUGACGUCAAAUCACGUUAUAUCUACAGUAGCUUUGAUUGGACUGAUCAUGUCAACAUCAUACUUUCAAAAUCUUAGCUAACAGUCAUCAUCAUGAAUCAAGUAGACAAUCUACUGGCAAAUCCUUUUUAAUCCUUGUCAUAUGAACAAAAAUAAUGAAGAGAAAUUAUAGAUAAAAUAUAUCGGUGCUCAUUGACCAUUGGACAUAAACAUUACACAACAAGUUGGAAAUCGCAAAUUCAACAAUGAGUGGUUUGGAAGGAAUCAGCGGCUAACUGCAAGCAUUGCAAAGCAAUCACUAGCCUGCUAUUCAGUGGAGUGGCUGUGUGGUCCCAAGUCUGGGAUUAAGGGUCUCUUUUCCAAGCUUAAAACGAUAAACAUUCAACAUUGGCAUUACUGGAACCAUGUCGUCCAAAAAGUUAUACUUUUGAAUAAUCUGUCCAUAGAACGUUCUUCCAAGAGUCUUGAUACCAAAGGUCAAGCAUGGUGGUGGUGGUGUGAUGGUUUGGGGAUGCUUUGCUGCCUCAGGACCUGGACGACUUGCCUUAAUAGAAGGAACCAUGAAUUCUGCUCUGUAUCUGAGAAUUCUACAGGAGAAUGUCAGACCAUCCGUCUGUGAGCUGAAGCUGAAGCGCAGCUGGGUCAUGCAGCAAGACAAUGAUCCAAAACACACAAUCAAGUCUACAUGAAAAUUGCUAAAAAGCAACAAAUUGGAAGUUUUGGAAUGGCCUAGUCAAAGUCCAGACCUAAUCCCAAUUGAGAUGUUGUGGCAGGACUUGAAACGAGCAGUUCAUGCUUGAAAACCCACACAUCACUGAGUUAAAGCAGUUCUGCAUGGAAGAGUGGGCAAAAAUUCAUCCACAGCGACGUGAGAGACUGAUCAACAACUACAGGAAGCAUUUGGUUGGAGUCAUUGCAGCUAAAGGUGGCACAACCAGUUAUUGAGUGUAAGGGGGCAAUUACUUUUUCACACAGGGUGUUGCAUAACUUUGUUUAUGAAAUAAAUAUGUAAUUGUUGUGUUAUUUGUUCACUUAUGUUCCCUUUAUCUAAUAUUAGGUUUUGGUUGAAGAUCUGAUAAACAUUCAGAAUCACAAAUACGCAAAAGUAGAGAAAAUUAGAAAGGGGGCAAAUACUUUUUCAUAGCACUGUAUAUGUUUUUUGCCCCACCAAGAUUUACAUGCAAAAAUCGCCACUGUAAAUGAGGUGCUAGCAGUGGGUGCUUAAUUUAUGUGCAGAGUGCAGAGGUAGUUACAGAUUAUGCCUUUAAUUUGGGUGAAUAAACAGUAAGGAUGCACCGGAUGAUAUGGAAAUCAUGAUAUUUGGUUCAGUAACAGGCACAGAGGGUCAAUAGUAUCGAGUACUGCAGCUGUGGUGCUUUAUUAUAAGCAAUGUCAUCAAUUCAAUCUCUUUCCUCCUCCUCCACAGGUUAAAGCUCAUGUCCUCCACCUUUCACAAGCAUUGGGUGUAA